ACGCCACCUACGGCGCACGCCUGCCUUCCUCAUCUUCGGAGCUGCACUCCUCGACGAGAAGUCGCCGCAGCCUCCCCGGUCCUUCGCUGUGCGGCGACUGAAAACCAGGCCGACUCGUAACCGCGCCGCUUAAAGGAGCCGUCUGAACUAAAAUCACCGCCUACACUCCGGUCCAGGCCUCUUUCUUUUUUUUUUUUUGACCCACCGGCUCCUUGAAUAUCACCUCUCUGCCUGGCUGGAACAUUGUGUCCUCUGAGGGGAAGAUGACUGCCAAGCAUCGGAAAGGGAAAAGCAACCACAAGCACGAGGACAACUUUUUCAAAAAUGAAGUUGCUGAGUCGGAAGCUCGCGCUGCGGGGAACAAUUACAUUCCGCUGUUGGUUUUGUUCCUGCUGAUCGUAAUGGGCUGCGGCACCGGCGCGUGGUUCUGCUUCCAGCAGCACCAAACUUUAACCCACUUAGCGGACAGCCUCGCGGGCAUGCAGACGAAGAUAGUGAAGCUACAGUCGUCCCACGAAGAAAUCAGGCAGUCGCACAGUAAGCAGCAAAUUUCAGAGAGUCUGGAGACCCGCCUGAAUGCCCUGGAGGAGUCUUACGCACUGGCCCAGAAACAGGUGGGCAUGGCCUUGGCCACAGCUGAGCAGCUCAAGGCGUCUGACCUCCCCUCUCAGGUGCUGUCGCUCCACACUGAGAUGAAAGCCCGCCUGGCCGAGAUGCAGCAAGCCACGGUGUCUCUGGAGCAACUGAGCCGGCUGCAGAGCAUGCUGAAGGGAAAGAGUGAGGAGUUUGAGGGCGUCAGGGUUCAGGUGGAGGUUCUGGCCACACUGAGCACUGAGCUGUCUCAGAAGGUGGAGGUUUUAACAGGGAGCCUUGGAGACGCAGAAUCAAAGCUGGAGGAGAAAGUUGGGCAGGUGGCCACACUGAGCACCACCCUGGACGGACAGGCUGCCGAAGUGCUCAGACUGAAGGAGCAACUGGACACGUAUCGGGCUCAGCUGGAGGCCAGCACACUGGAGAUGGCUACUGUCAGGGAGCUGCUCGAGAAUGAGCAGUCCCUGCAGCUCCAGCAGGCCAGUAUGGAGGAGCAGCUCAGUAGGGUACGUCGGAGUCUGCAGGAUCAGAACUCGGCAGCCCAUGACCUGCACUCUGAACUCAGGGCUCAGCUGGAGACCAUGCAGAUGCAGGUUACCCGGCUGGUGGGUGAUAUGCAACCUCCUGCUGAGCCUGUAGAACAGACAGUUGAAGAAACGGCCCCCGCAGCUCAAGAGGCAGCUGCAGGAACUGAAGAAGAAGGAGAAGAAGCCCUUGCUAUAGAUGUAGAAAAAGAGGCAGAUGAACAAGGAGAAACAGCUGCACAAGAUGAAGAGCCUCCCGAGCAGGAGGUUUCUGUGGCAGAAGAGCAAGAUGAGUCCAUUACCUUAUCAGAAAAGGAGGAAGUGGAGACUACACAGACAGAAGAGGAGGAACAAAGUGUAGAAGAGGAGACGCCCGAAGAGGAGAGCCAGAAAGCAGAUGAAGAGGAGGAAUCUGAGGGAGAGAAAGUUCAGGAGGAGUCACUGGUCGAGGAGAAGAGCCACAAAGCGGAAGAGGAGGCAGUAGAUGAGGAAAACCACAAAGCAGAUGGGGAGAUGGCAUCGGAAGGAGAGGGGGGAAUGGAGGAGUCACUGCUGGAGGAGGAGGAGAACCUUAAUGUAGAGGAGGAAGAACAGCAGGGUGUGGCAGAUGAGGGAGAGGACCCGUUAGAAACUGAUGCUUUACCAGAGGAUGAAUGAGAGUGGGGACAGUCUAAAGUCAGCGUCUACAAUACAACAAUUACUGUAAGAAGGCAUUAUUGAUCAGUAUUGUUUAUGUGCAGUAUUCAUUGUGUGGUUGCUCUUUUGAAAGGCAGACCUAAUCAGAAGAAUUCAGUCACUAUGCUGGAGUUGGAGCUGAAACCACAAAAUAUGAGAUGGCUGUUAAGUUUGAAAAUGAGUAAUUCAGGAUUUACCUGCCAGUAACAACCUCAGAAGCCUUAAUCCAUAAAAGAACAACCGUCUGUCUACAGAGCAUUUUCCACUCUUCAUAACUUGCUUUUUUUUUCCUUUUUUUUUUAAAAAUUUGGUCAAGGUUCUGUACUAAGCUGGAAAACUGAAAGCCAAUGACAUUACAAGAAGCCAAUGCAUAAACUGUUUAUCAGUGCACUUGAAGAAGCCAUAAGUAAUGCCUGUCUUGGUGACAUUAAAAUGUUUUUUUUUUUUUUUUUUUGUUGUCACUGCCUGAAAUGUAUCGUGAGGCAAUAUUUUAUAAGAUAAAACAGAUGUAGAGAGUAAGUUAUUGUAUCCCAGUUGUUUACACAGGCAAAACAGCCAACUAAAGAGCUAGCAAAAAAAAAAAGCAUCUUUGAUAAGAUAAACAGCAAUUCCUGAAUGUUUUUUUUUUUUUUUUUCCUUUAUACACUACAUAUCUUUGGUUCAUUACUUAAACGGAAGCUUUUCCUGGUGUAGUUUCACUCAUUGUCUCUUUUUCACUUUUUAAGCUGAUUACAGACAGAACACACCUGUAGUAUUGUAAGAUACAGUGGGGUCUAAAAAGCUUGAGCCCCCUACCAAGAACUGGUUUCAUCAACAUCAUUCUACAGCUCUAAUAUAUUUUUUAUGGAGAAAAAAAAAGCAUUAUUUAGUUAGCUCAGACCAUUUAGUGCAGAUAUUCUAUGCAUUGACUUUGGAAAAAGUACUUGUUUGUAACUAUCAGAGUUUAGUGAAGCACCUCAGGGACAAAUU